AUGACACAAAGUAUGAUAUCAGAAAGGAUACAAAGAUCACAGUCUCCCGUUGAUGUGAGCUUAGCGUUAAGUGAAGAUUCAACAAUAACGAUAACAGAACUCAACAACCGAAACGGUGCCCAAUUCAAUGCCAAUUCCAUCAAUGCAACACCUGUUAUGAGAAGGAGACGAAGUCAAAUGAGUGGAGUACGGCAAAGAAAUUAUCGAAUAUUGGAUCAGAAUGAAUCCAAAUACAUUCUACAACAGCAGACUGCAGCUGCGAUGGAAGAGAAGAGAGGAACGUUACUCAGACGGAAAAGCAGCAAAAAACUAAUUGAACCUGUGCCAAUGAUAAUCACCCCUCCGGUACUGAUGGCUCGAACGCAGUGCUGUGCGGUUUGCAAAAAAGAAAAAAGCAGUGGUUACGCAGUUUCAACACGAACACAAUCGUAUCCCGUGGAAGCAAUGUCUUCAGCUUCGACUGAUCGGGCAACCGAAGAGGAGACCGCGCGAUUGUCAUUCGUUUCAUCAUCAACUGGAUACAGUAGUGCAAGAUCUUCUCUUCGCAGUUCUGACGGUGGAGAUGAAUCCAACAAUAACUCUGCUGGAAAUCGAGAUAGCGCCAUCUCGACUACCUUCUCAUUGUCAUCGCAAUCAUCUGCUCGACGAUCAGCUCUUCUUACAAAAGGAUCAUUGACGCAUUUGGAUCGAAUUGCAAUUGAACUUUUAGAUACUGAAAGAACAUAUGUGGAGGAUCUGAAUGCUGUUAUCAAGGGUUAUAUGGACUUUUUGGUUGAAGAUAGAGAACGACUCAAAGUUACACUCGAUGCGAUUUCUUCUCUAUUUGGUUGCAUCGAACGGAUUUUCGCGUUCAACAAGCAGCUGUACAAUCAACUUGAUUCUGCAGAUUUAGAUUGUGUCAAAAUGAGCCGAUGCUUCGUGGACAACUGUGGAAAGUUCGAGGAUUACAUUGAGUACUGCACAAAUUACCAUCGAAUGAUGUCUACUCUCUAUCAUUUACAACAACAACCCCUCGUUGCCAAAGCUCUUCAAGAACGUCAACAGGCUUUGAAUCAUUCACUUCAAUUAUCAGCUUAUCUUCUGAAACCAGUUCAACGUAUUUUGAAAUACCAUCUGUUUUUGGAGAAUAUUCUAAAGAACAUGCCAUCUACAACGCAUCCAGAAGAAUUGAAUCAAGUGAAAAAAGCCCAUGAAGUGAUGACAUCUCAAGCCGCUCGGAUCAAUGAUGAGAAGAAAAAAGCAGAACAUAUUGAAAGAGUUGGACAGUUGCAAUCGACACUCCAGAAAUGGAAAGCAGAUGAGAUUCAAAUAAGUAAUUUGUCUGCGUAUGGAGAUCUAUUGUUGGAAGCAUCUUUCCGUCAAGCUGGUUCCAAAACCAUGCGACUAUUGUUCCUCUUCGAGGAAAUGUUGCUAAUUGUCAAGCAGCGAGGAUCAAACUAUGUUUGCAAGGAUUACAUUAUGGUGUGUUAUUUGAUUUUGGAUGUUCUAUUCAAUGAUUUAAAUAUUCAGUGUUCCAAUUUGAUGCUAAACGAAUGGAUUUGUCCAGAAGAACCAUUGAGCUUCCAAGUGUUGUCUUUUGACAAUCCACGUGCUCAAUAUGUGUUCUUGGCAUCUUCAAUGGAACAAAAACGGACAUGGAUGCAAGAAUUGAAGCGUAUGAUGUUGGAUCACUAUUCUGUAGAGAUUCCUGAAAAGACAAAACAGUUGAUGCUCAGCAUUGACAACACGAAAGUCGUUCCGUUUGGCAGACCAGAAUUUGCUGAAGUCUCAAUGAAAAAUCAUAAGAAAGUUCCGAAAUAUCUGGAGAAGAGAAGAAAAUCAGUAGAUGCAAAGGAGGAAAGCAGCCGAAGAAGAAGCUUGUCAGCCUCCAGGCUACUGGGUGGCAGUAAAACUUCAAUUUCGGAGCCAAUCAGAGAAGAACAGAAGUGCACUUGUCACAUGAACGGAGGAAUUUACAAUGGAGCAAAUCCAACCACUUCGAGAUCAAUUACGCAUUCAAUGCUAACCCAUCAGCAAUCUCAUCCAACUUUACCGGAAUCUAACUAUCACCGUCCACCAGUGUGUCGAACUCAAUCCGCCGCAACUAUUGACCUCAACCAGGUCAACAUUACUGAGCCGACAUCAGCGGCGGUAUUAUCAUCCAGAAGUCGAUAUCAGCAAGCCAGAAAUCGCCGGCUUCCACCUCGUCACAACCAAGAGUCACGGUCCACAUCCAGCCGUCGUCUUGGAGAUGAGGAAAUCGAUAGAACUUUUGACCAGCUCUAUGAAGAAUUGGUGUCCUUCGGAGACUCUACAAAGCAAACGAGCACUUCGGUGACAAACACACAAAACCACAGGCUACGCCUCAAAUCGGAAGCACCGCCGAGUACGGUAACCACCAUUACAGUAUCUGCGACUCCAGCAACUGCAACACUUUCAGUUGCGGAAUGCGCGAAUACCAGACUUCGUUCGAAAUCUCUUACGCGGUUGGAUGAGUACGAGGCGGAACCGAUUUGCCUGAAACCAAGUAUCGAGAGAAGAUAUUCGAAAGUAGAUCAGUUGAAAAAGCGAUCGAGAAAAUAUCAAGUGAACCAGGAACCCGAAGCUGCUGAUGUUUUGCGUCCAAGCGUUGGAAGAUUCUCAUUAACGGAUCACGAAAUCAUUAUUCAUGGAGAGGAGCCCUACAAACGAAAUUCCGGACGCCAACGUACUCCUCUGACCGCACAACAAGCCGCUGAACUCGACGACUACUUUCCAUCAUCCUCAAUGAAUUCGACUUCACAAUCUUGCUCCAGCAGUGCAACGCCAUCACUAACGUCUAUAAUUCGACAGUAUGAAAAUGCUUAA